GCAUAGACUACGUGAAGUGCAUGAUCAUGGUUUGUAUCCAAUAUCCAAAAAUGGCAACGUUAAAGGAUGUUGUUUCUUUGUAUAAAAAUUUGAAGCAAGAAUGGACAGCAACUCCAUGUAAUUUAAAAAAAUGUGGCGAAUUGCUUAAUCAAUUAAAGGUUGGCCUCACACAUUUGAUGUUUCUUCCAACAUCUAACAGCGCUGCCAGUCAAAAUGAAUUGCUCAUAGCUCGUGAUAUUCUAGAAAUUGGUGCACAAUGGAGUAUAGUAACGGAGGAUAUACCUUCUUUCGAACGUUACAUGGCGCAAUUGAAGUGUUACUAUUUCGAUUAUAAAUCAGGAUUAACGGAGUCCGCGUACAAAUAUCAUCUACUCGGCUUGAAUCUCUUAUUUUUGUUAUCUCAAAAUCGCGUCGCCGAAUUUCACACGGAGCUAGAACUUCUACCAUCCGAUCAAAUACAGUCAAACGUUUACAUCAGGCACCCUCUAAGUUUAGAACAGUAUUUAAUGGAAGGAUCGUAUAAUAAAAUAUUUUUAGCAUCGGGUAAUAUACCAGCGGCGUCGUAUAGUUUUUUCAUAGAUAUUUUAUUAAACACUGUUCGCGAUGAAAUCGGGGCGUGUAUGGAAAGCGCAUACGAUAAAAUUUCUAUUCAGGAUGCGUCGAGAAUGCUUAAUCUAAAUUCAGAGAAAGAUAUGAAAGCGUUUGCGACAAAAAAGAACUGGACUUUGGCAAAGGAUGGUUACUUUUACUUCAGUACAACGAGCGAAAAGAAAACCGAAGAACCUAUACCUAGCUCGGAUUUGGCUACGCUAGCGAUCGAUUAUGCGAGAGAACUCGAAAUGAUCGUUUAACAAGCAUACACAGCUUCCUGUACUUUAUAUAAAGAUUGUCGUACACUUAUCGGAACUGGUUUUUCGCAUUUUUAAUAAGUUUCGUGAGAAAAUUUUACCGAAAACAUCAACAUUCGAGUCUAUUAUUUUCUAAUAUUGUUACAAAAUGAAGUAUGUAAAUGAAUAAAAAUAAAUACAAAAAGCAAAAAAUAUAGAAAUUCA